CCGGCAUGCCGCGCACGCGCACCAAAGUUGCCGGCUCCUCGCCGGACAGAGCCGGCGAGCAGUUUGUGGCAAAGCCGGAGCCGGAGGAGCGGUCCUCAUGGUGCAGCGCCAGGGCGGCGAGGAGGGCGCCGCCGAUGCCGCGGCCGGGGGAGGAGGGCGGUGGGAGGCAGAAGAUCCCCCUCCUCCCGUGGGCCACGACAGGAACGGCGAGGAUGGUGGGCUCUGCCAGGUGCACGACCUGGAAGUGGCAGCGGACGCUGUCAGGCUCGGCGAGCGCAACGGCGGCUGCUUCCGAGGAAGUUUCCCUUGGAGACGCGGGACGCCCGCUGCCUCAUGUGAGAGAGAUAAAGGAUGCAGAACCCUCAAAUAUUCCAUUGUAUGAAGGAAUAAAGGGGGAAAGGACCUGUCCAGGGCUUGGCCUGUUCUAUACGCUGCUGUCUGCCUUUCUCUUCUCUGUGGCAUCUUUAUUCCUCAAGAAAAUUGAAGGUGUGCACUCAGUGGAAGUCAGUGCCAUUAGAUGUGUUUUCCAAAUGACAUUUGUCCUUCCUGGUUUAAUAUACUACAGAACAGGGUUUCUGGGACCAGAAAGCAAACGACUAGUUCUUUUCUUACGAGGAUUGCUUGGCUCUGGUGCAAUGAUUCUUCUCUAUUAUGCUUUCCAAGUGAUGCCUCUUGCUGACGCUACAGUCAUUACUUUCAGCAGCCCAGUUUUUACGUCACUAUUGGCCUGGAUAUUUCUCAAGGAAAAGUAUAGUCCUUGGGAUAUUCUUUUCACUCUGUUUACAGUCACCGGAGUGGUGCUUAUUGCAAGACCACCUUUUUUAUUUGGAUCCAGAGUUGCUGGAAUAGAAGAAGAGUACAGAGAUCGCCUGAAAGGAACAAUAGCAGCUGUUUCAAGUGCCAUAGCUGCCGCGUCAACUUUUGUUAUACUAAGGAAGGUGGGGAAAUCGGUGCAUUAUUUUUUGUCCAUUUGGUAUUACGCAGUAAUUGGGUUAAUAGUUUGCCUAAUAGCACUUUCUGUAAUGGGUGAGUGGAGUUUACCCAACUGUGGCAUAGAUAGAUUUCUCUUGAUAUUAAUUGGAGUAUUGGGUCUAGGUGGCCAAAUAUUCCUUACAAAAGCAUUACAGAUAGAGAAAGCUGGUCCUGUUGCUAUAAUGAAAACAAUGGACGUGGUGUUUGCUUUUAUCUUCCAAAUUCUUUUCCUCAAUCAUUUGCCUACAUGGUGGACAGUCGGAGGUGCCCUUUGCGUAGUAGCUAGCAGUUCCGGAACUGUCAUUCGGAAGUGGCAUCAAAACUCGAAAAAAAGUACAGAAAAUGAAAUUUGACAGGUGGGGUGUUAUUUCACUACUGAAAGAGAGCAAAGCACUUGAGUAUUUAUUUUAAAUAAUUCACCACCACCUUUCCUUUUUGUGGAGAUGGUGCUCCCAUGUGCCAACUAUGGCACCAGGCACGUCUCUCUGCCAAAGAGCGAGACUUCCGCCUGCACAGGUAGGGCUGAAGUGUGUGCCCAAUUCAUGUUUCAAUCUGGUAAUGUUUCCGUUUUGUUUUGUUAUUUCUACUAGUUGUUGCUUUGGCAUAGUUAUUUUUCUAUAUUUUGGUGAAGCAGAUCUUAAACUGUAUUUAUAGCAAUAUAAACUGAAAUAUAUAUAUAUAUACCUCUCUUUUUUAUUAUUACAUUGUGCCUGAGUAGACGGAGCAAAGGCCAUAUUGGCUGCUACUAUUCAGCUGCUACGAUUCAAGGAAAAGAAAAGACAACGGUCAAUUGUCCAAGGUGGCAUUUCUUUUCAAUGGAACGUUUUGCAGCUGCACCCGUGCUCAGUACUAUGCAAAAUGUUUUGAAUGUCUGUCUGUUUAGCUAUGCAAUUAAAGUAGCACCUACUUGUCA